UAUUUUUGUAUAUGCAGAUAUUAUGACGAUUGACGUCAGAAAAAUUGCAUGCAGUAUGCCCUUAAUUAACUAUGACACUUUUAAUCAUUUCAGCAUCGAUUAACCUGUAACUCGAUUAAGCUUAAAAACACAAGCUUAUCAAAAAUAGAAACAGAAACACGUGCGCAACAACGAAACCGAGAAGCCUCAAGGUACGUCCGAGACCGUUUCGACCCAUUGAAGACGUCAACAUACCGAUUUUUCGUCUACAAAUUUGAAAAGUAUACAAUGCAAGGGGUUAUGGCGCCGUUCCUCUUCACCUGCCUUCUUCUCUUCCAAUCAUCGGUCUUCUCUAUCCGUGCGACGUCCUGCCCAUCUCGCACGCAUUCGAGCACGACACCCAAAUACAUCUCGCUGGUGACCAGAGUCGACCGGCCGGGCACGUCGUUCAAACCAUCAACCGGCAAGCUACUCAAAGUCUAUGAACUCAACAAUUCGACCCUCCGCGGCCGAUUCACAUCCCACUCCAAUCUGCUCGUUCACUUCAAGUCGACCUGUGCCGGCCUCGUCCACGUCUGGCGCGCCAACGGUAGCACCAUCAUCAAACAAGACGUCGUUUCUCGACAGCGAGAUCUCCGCUACGCGAACGUUGAGGACCACCGCUUCGUUUACGAACCAACCGGAAAGGCCUACGCAUUGCCGGAGCACCGUCGCUCGAGGAGAGACGUCGAGGAGGAGUAUGACCAGAGAAGCUGCCAAGCCCAUCCUGCAGACCAACAAGAAGUCGCGAGAGCAGUCCACUCUCUCGCCUUGACCGUCUCGCGUCGUCUUCCAGCCAACGCAACGGAAGCGGCCGAGGACGGCGAGAACUUUUCCUGCGCAGAGAGCAAACUCCUCGAGAGCCCGAGAAGGAGACGAUAUUUCUGGUCUUCGAUAUCACGUGCUCUUGAUCGUUUGAUACGCACUGUUCUGGAGAGGGUCGUUUAGCCGCUGACUGGACUGUUUAGGAAUUGCACGUCGCUCGAAACCAAUCGCCAAAAUAAGUGUUUGGGAAUGUGUGGCAAGGAGUGUAACUGUUGGAAAUGGGUGUGCGGCAACUGUUGCUACAACGAGGGAUGUUAUCAGCACGAUAAAUGUUGUGAUCACGAUACCCUGGCCUGCUGGCUACCGACGGGCUUCAAUUGCCAGUCGUUUAAAUGUUGGUCGUUGUCAAGAGCAAUCGGAGUGUCCCACUAGUACAGGAAAUCGCCCCACUGAGUGACAUUGUGUCUAGACCGCGUUUUUUGUUCUUUGGUAUAUUUGCAACGUAGCGAUUAACUUGAGGUUGCAUUUCUUAUUGUUUGUUUGUCGUCUUGUGCGUUUUCCAGCAGCUUACUUGCUUUAUCGAAACAUAUGUAGU